AUGGAUCAAAGCAGUGAAGGAGGUAUGAAAAAGAUUAGCAGUGUGAAUCUUGACAAACUUAUAAGUGACUUCUCACAGAUAGAAAAGAAAAUAAUAGAAACCAGUGGAAAGAACAAUAUAUUGGAUAUUCAGUUGGAAAAGACUAACUGUUUAUUGAAAGUAAUGCAAACAAAGGAGGUCUCAAUUAAAGAAGAAUGUGCUACUCUUCAUAAUAUGAUAAAAGGACUACAGCAGACUAUUGGAUAUCAGCAUAAUUUGAAAGAUGAAAAUGAACAACUAAAAAGAAAUGCUGAUCUUAUGAAGGAGAAGCUAAAAUCUCAUGAACAGGAAUAUAAGAAUAAUAUUGCCAAACUUGUGAACGAAAUGAAAAUCAAAGAGGAGGGAUAUAAGAUAGAAAUAAGGAAACUUUAUCAGAACAUGCAAAAACAAGUCGAAUUAAAUGAAGAAAAGCACAAAGAACUGAUAGAGAAAAAGGAGAUGGAAAUUUCAGAGUUAAAUGCAAAGUUAAGAAAUCAAGAAAAGGAAAAACAAAAUGAAAUAAUCAAAUUACAAAUAGAGUUUGAUGCCAAACUAGCAAGAGUUCAAACUAAAUCAACAAAAUCAUAUCUGGACUCUACUGUUUCACCACAGAGUAUCUACAGAAGGAAGCUUCAACAUCUUCAAGAAGAAAAAAACAAGGAGAUUGCUAUUCUUCAUAAUACCAUUCGCGACUUAGAGCAACGCCUUUCUGUUGGCAAAGUUUCUCCCCUUAAGCCUAUUGCCAAAGAUUGUCACCUUAAGCGUAGACGGUUUUGAGUAUAGCAAUAAAUUCACUAGUUG